AUGGCGGCGGGCCCCGAGUUGUUGGACGAUGUUUUCUUCAACGCCGAGGUGGAUGAGAAGACUGUAAGCGACGUCGUGGGCUCAUUGGAGUCCCAGCUCAUCGGCGCUGGACCCGGUAAGCUCGCCGGCAGGCUUCAGACUGCUGGCGGGCACAUCGGAGGCUCAGCCGGGGGUAAUAGUGGAGAAAUUCGCGACAACAACAACAUGGGACUGGGGCAGGAGAACCAGAGAGCAGGGGCAAGAAUGCCAGCAGGUUCCAUUAAUGAUGCCAGAGUGCCACCUAAAGGUAUGGAUGCUAGAGCAGCUACGCCAGGAAACCUCAAACCUGGACUUGGAGCCACUUCAGCAGCAUCCAUAGCAAACCACAUGUUGGGCAGUGGCCAGAGAGGGACGUCUGCAGUUACAUCUUUGAAUGGAAGUAAUGUGUUGGUGAACUCGCACGGUUCAGUUGGUGUUGGACCUUUCUCUAGCGCAUCAUCAGCACCGUCGCCAGUCUCCGGUAUUGUGUCAACUGGAACAGUGGUGAAUAAUGGACCUGGUUGCAUGCCCAAAGGACAGACCACGCCCUCGGGCACAGUCAUUCAGACCUCUUUGAUGAAUACUGCCACUGUGAUUUCGGCGCAAACUUCCUGCCUGUCUGCAGGACCCACUGUUGCACUUGUGAGGCCGCCUAUGCAAACCCAAGUUACGGUUACGGCACCGAAUGGCACUGGCAGCUUGGCGUUAAGCGCUGGAGUAAACGCUGUGCACCUGCCCACAUCACAUACACCAGGAUCGUUAAGUUUAAGCUCAGCAGGCCAGGUUAACAAAGCAGACUCGACUAAAACUCUUAUUCAGACGGUGGCUCAAACUCCUGUAUCAGUUGCACAGCCUAUUAGAGGCCCCGUAAUGCAAAGCGGGAGCAGGACUCCGGUGCCAGCAGCUGUUGGAGCCAAUCCUGGCGGGAUUCGGGCCAUAGCACCACAGGUUUUAGCACCAAGAGUACCGCAGCCCCAACAAAGUCAGCCUAGUGUACACAAUAUCCAGCUCCCACCAGGGAUGGUUCUGGUGCGCAGUGAGAGUGGUCAGUUGUUGAUGAUCCAUCAGCAGACAUUGGCCCAGAUGCAGGCCCAGUCUCAGGGUGCCAUGGCAACAAGACCCACAACCCCCACCAGCACUCCACCUGUCCACAUUACCUCUGUACAGGCCCCUGGGACCUCUUUAAUAACACGGCAGGUGGCCCCCACUACUAUAAUCAAACAGGCCUCUCCUGUUCCUGCGCCUGUUCAGCCCACCACUGCACUCCAGAGACCCCCGCUGCUGCAGAAUAAUAUAAUGUUGGGAGGCACAACGGCACCCCCUGUUGGCACACCACCACCAGGGCAGGUAGGGGUGGCCCCAACCCAAAGAGUGACCACUGUUGGACCCACACCAGCCCCUGCCACCACGGAAACAUUAGAAAAUGUGAAAAAGUGUAAGAACUUCUUGUCCACGUUGAUAAAGUUGGCAUCCAGUGGGAAACAGUCUUCAGAAACGGCGGCUAAUGUGAAGGAGCUGGUCAAAAAUCUCCUGGAGGGAAAACUUGAAGCAGAAGAUUUCACCAGCAGACUGUACAAAGAGUUAAACUCCUCACCUCAACCCUACCUCGUGCCUUUCCUUAAGAGGAGUCUUCCUGCUCUGCGUCAGAUGACUCCAGACUCAGUAGCAUUUAUCCAGCAGAGUCAGCUCCAGCAGCCUUCAGCACCAACUUCCUCCACUGCCCUAACCGCCGCCGUGCUGGGGGGAUCCUCGACCGUGCGUCCCACAUCCCUGCCCACAACGCCCUCUGCAGCUAUCGCCAAGACCAGCUCCACCGCUUCAAUUACCUCCGCUACCACCCCCACCACCACCUCACCCCACCAGCCUGUCAUCAGCCUGUCACAAAACGCACCAAGCAAACCCAACCUGAUUGUCCAGCCACCACAACAGCAGCUGGGGACGCUGGUGAGAGGGCCACAGGUGAACCUGGCCCAGACGCCUAUGGUCACGCUGAGACCAGGUCAGGCGCGGGUGCUCUCUCCUCAGACUGUAGUCAAAACACAGACGCUUCCCUCAGGCUCUAUGGUGAAGACUGCGGUGUCUGUGGGGAAUAAAUUAUUAUCUGUAUCUGGGCCUCAGUCUCUACCCUCUGCAGUCCAGAAGACAAAACUGAAAGAUGCAGGAAGCGGCUCCUUCAGGGAUGAUGACGACAUCAAUGAUGUGGCCUCCAUGGCUGGAGUUAACCUGUCUGAAGAAAGUGAUCGCAUUCUGGCGACUAACUCUGAGCUGGUGGGGGUGGUGACUCGCUCAUGUAAAGACGAACCUUUCCUCUAUACUGGCUCAUUGCAGCGCAGGAUACUGGAAAUAGGUAAAAAAUACGGCAUCACAGAGGUGGGCAGUGAUGUCAUCAGCAUUGUUUCUCAUGCUGCUCAACAGAGGCUGCAGAACCUUCUAGAAAAAGUGACUCAGGUGGCUCAGCAGAAGAACGUCCCGUACAAGGAAGAUGAGCGGCACGAGCAGAUCAGUGAUGUUCGAGCUCAGUUGAAAUUCUUCGACCAGUUGGAUCAGAUGGAGAAGCAGAAAAAAGAAGAACAAGAGAGAGAGAUUCUGAUGAAAGCUGCAAAGUCACGAUCGAGACAAGAAGACCCAGAGCAGUUACGGCUGAAACAAAAAGCCAAAGAGAUGCAACAGCAGGAAUUAGCUCAGAUGAGGCAGAGGGAUGCAAACCUGACAGCACUGGCUGCUAUCGGCCCCAGAAAGAAACGGAAAAUGGACACUUCAGCCGGCGGAUCAGGACCAGAGGGUGUCAGCUCUGUUUCUGCUGGUUCGGUGGCAGCGGGCUCCGGAGGAUCGCGGCAGUUUCCCCGGCAGCGCAUCACUCGAGUCAACCUCAGGGACCUGCUCUUCUGCCUGGAGAACGAACGAGAAACCAGCCACUCUCACCUGCUUUAUAAGGCUUUCCUCAAAUAACACAUGCACUCCACACACAUCAGUCUUUCCCAGCUUCUCUCCUGGAGCCCUCGCGCCCAGCAGAGCUCGGUGUUCUCUCUACUUUCCCAGCUCAAACAGGGAAAAAACAGAACCAUGUAGUGCAGGAGCGGCUCCAGUAGCAGAGCCUGGAAACACUGCGCUACACACAUUGAAGGAAAACUCCAGGAUCUUCCACCCGGUUUUAUAAAAGACGGCAAAUCCAGCACUUUUCAUUGAACUUUAAAAAAAGAGAACAGAAUCCACUCAGAUUUACUUGGAUUAGAAGCCAGAUCCUAUGAAUAAAUUUAAAACUUCACACACCUUUAAAAAGAUGGUUCUUAAAAGGUUUUUUAUAAGGAGAAUGAUUCUAUAUAGAUCCAUGAACACUCAACAGAACCCUUUACAUGA